CGGAGCGGGACGGAGCGGGGAAUGCGUGGUCUCGCGAUAGGCGGGAAAGGGCGCAGGGUUUGAAACAUGGCGGACGACGUGGACCAGCAACAAACUACAAACACUGUAGAAGAGCCCCUGGAUCUCAUUAGGCUCAGCUUGGAUGAGCGAAUUUAUGUGAAAAUGAGAAACGACAGAGAGCUUCGAGGCAGGUUACAUGCUUAUGAUCAACAUUUAAAUAUGAUAUUGGGAGAUGUGGAAGAAACUGUAACUACUAUAGAAAUUGAUGAGGAAACCUAUGAAGAAAUCUAUAAAUCGACAAAACGGAAUAUCCCGAUGCUCUUUGUGCGGGGAGAUGGUGUUGUUCUAGUUGCCCCUCCAUUGAGAGUUGGCUGAAACCAAGAAUUUAUCCCAUGUGGAAAAAAUAGGCAACUUUGUGUGAUUGCUCUUUAAAUGUAGAAGAUACUCAAAAGAGAAGCCUGCGUAAAUUUUGAUAUUAAGAAAUGACCAAGAUUCUUCCACUCCUGAAAUGAGUUGAUUUGCAGAUAACUCACGAAUUCUUAAGCUAAAUGGCAUUUUUAUUUUCCCCAACCCUUCCAAUAAAUGUGGUCAGCAAGACCUAGAACACCUU